AUGAAUUCAAUAAAAUUGUAUGACAUCGUCAAAAAUUUUCCAAAAUGUGAAAAAAAACUUAAUGAAUCAGUUGAACAUAUUACAAUUUUACAUGGUGAAAAGCCCUCAGGAUGGAAAAAGAUAUGCAUUGAUAAUGAAAAUAAUGUUAGUGUAGAAGGUUUAACACUUGGAAGUCAUGGACCAAAAAACAUAUGCUAUCAAAGUAUGCAAUAUUUAGCAAAUGUAAAUAAUGUUAAGGAUAAUCCAUAUUUAAAAAUUUCCGGCUGUGAAUACUUUUAUUAUUGGUUAUAUGAACUUCUUCAUAAAAAUAAUAAUGCCAUGGUGAAGUUUCAUGAUAUCCAAAGUCUUUAUGAUCAAUUGAUAUCUAUAUUUGAAAAUGCCCCAUUUGUUGAAAAAUUAAAUUUAUGCAAACCUUCGGUCGAGCUUAUUAAAGAAGAGGAUUUUCAAAAAAUCAUAGAAAUAUAUGAUAUAUAUAACCCAAUAUAUGAGAACGGAAGAUCACCUAAUAAAGAUGAAAUUUUUAAUGAAUUAGUAAACAUAGUGAACAAAUAUUAUGAAAAAAUAUAUAAUGAAGCUAGCAAAAUUAGGAGUCAGGUAGUCCCUUGUGCCCCAUGCCACACUAAUAUUCUUGUUCCAAUUACAAUAACAUUUUUUUUCACCACAUUUGGAUCAUGGAUUCUACAAUUAAUAAAAGGAAACGAAAAUAGAUUGUAUUAUAUAGAUUUAGAAAGACAUAUAUUUCAUGGAUCCGAAGAAUUCGACAUUAUAGGAAGAAACAGCAGACAUAAUAUAUUAUAUAAUUGA